CAAAAAAUAAUAUGACCUUCGAAAAAAGUUAAAUAAAUAAAGAGAUGAUAUAAAUAAUGUCACUGAGAAGUAGCCGACCUCACAAGAAGCAAUGCAAUAUACAACACGUGCCUUCACUUUGUAAAGUUAGCGCAACAAUCUUCACUGAUGUCAACUUAUCUUAUCGACCAUUAAAUUCUAAGACAUCGAAUUCUUCAGUUGUUCUUGACAAAAGUUUGCAACAAAAAUCAAGUGUAAAGUUCCAACAGUCUAAUGUUGAUUGUUUUUCUUCAUUACCUAACAGUGUUAACAGUGAUGUCACAAAGCAACAGUUACAUCACAAUGGCAGUUCACCUAAAAAAUCUUCAAAAAUUUCUAAACCAUAUCAAAGCAAACCUGCAGUGUUUCCGGAUUCUUUUUCUUCAGUGCUUCCAGAUCAUUUUAACAUCAAAAAACACAAAGGUAAUAAAAGCACUGAAGAAGCAAAUAAAAGCUUAACCAAACAAGACAGAGAUUACCCCACAUUAUCUACCUCAACCAACAAAAGAAGCGUUUUCCCUUGUUAUUCCCCUCGCAACAAAACCUCAAAGUUUUUAUCCGAAAACAAAAGUUUGGAUCAAAAUUCCGUGGCUUCAUUCCCUCUUAGUGUAAGGGAUUUAUUAUUAUUAUCUAAAAGUUCCAACAUAGAAGAUGAUCAACUGAUUGACCUCAGCACCAAAGUUCCAGCAGAUGAUCUUAAAUUUACUGAAGUGUCCAUGAAGCAAAAGAAUAUAUUUUUAUGUAACAAUACAUGGUGUGAUGUCACACCAAGAAAGUCAACCAAUAGUGACCAAAAACUAAAAGAAAAACGAACCAAAUCAGUGAAAACCAACAUUCAGAUGCAAAAUGAUAAAUUGACAAAAUCAGAAAAUUUUGACGACGUAAAUAAAUCUGCCAUGUUGGUUUUAUCAGAUCUCUAUGCUAAAACUCCAAAACAUGUCACUCAUGAAGACGCAAGGCAGAUCCCUGAGCUCGAUGCAGAUUUUAAACACAAGAAGAAAGUUACUUUUAGUGCAACUGGUUCAGUUUCGAAGAUAAAACCAAAGCCAGGGUUAAAAUCUCCCCUUAAAAAAGUAACAGAAUCAUCAAGUGGUAGAGCUUUCAAAAAGAGAGAAUCACAACCUAUGUGCCCUGCUGUAUCUGCUAGAGCUAUGAAAACUACUACACAUAAGUUAGAGGGGAUUAGUAAUGAGAGAUUAAUUCAUUCACCAAGAGUUCCUGGCAGAAGUGCAGAUAUAACCGGAUUAAACCGGAAAUUUCCUGCUUCACCUGGCAGGACUCUUGAAGCUGCUACACAUAUGAGAAAAGAGAAUGAAGAGAUCACAAUUAAAGAUUUGGAAGAAAUUCAUCCAAUCCAGGAUUUAAGAGAUGUUUCUCCAAAUAUUGAUGAUGCAGAUGAUGCUGGGAGGUGUUUAUUCCGGAGCAUCCGAUCCAAGAAGAUUCCUCUUCAAGAAGAAUUAAGGAUUAUAAAGAUGAGAUCAGCGUUGCAACAAAACGCGAAAGUUGCUGAUGGUUUCAUCACCAUGCAUAGGUGUUUUUCAAGAUGGAGGAAAAAUGUACGGUUGAUGAAAAAUGUUCAACAACAAAAUCAAGAGAAAAUGGAAAGAGCAUUAUUACAUCAUAAACGGAAGAUAUUUGAACUUCAUUUCCAUGCAUGGCGUGACCAUAUUAGGAAGCAAGUUGCCAUAGCAACCACAUUCCAUAGAUAUCAUAUAUUAGCUAAAGGAAUGACAGCUUUAAAAUGGAUGAUACAUGAGGCAAGUGUAAGGGAUAAUAGUUUGAAGAGAAUCGAAAGAAGAAAAGUUGUCACCAAGUUAUUGACUGUAUGGAAAUCAAGACUUCACACAAAACAAGCAACUAGAAUGAGUGAAACAUUCAAUAAAUGGAGAUCAAGACAUCAGGAUUCACUUCAGAUGAAUUCGUUCAUCCGUUCAAAGGAUGAAAGAUGUUUAAGUAAUUACUUCACAAGAUGGAGACAGAAAUAUCACACGAAAAGAGCCGACAGCAUCGCUGUGACUUUUAAUAACUUGGUUCUCACUAGAAAAGUUUUUAAUUUAUGGAAUAUAUAUGUUGCUGAUUGUGAUGUAAAACGAACACGAAAUGUUGUCGCACAUGAGCGAUUCCAGCUGCAAACAUUAAUUACGAUCUUUACAAAGUGGAAAGACGUCGCCAACAAAUCAAGGAAAGCAAAGAAAUUGUUUAAAAAGAAGAUCACGAAGAUAUGCAUCACGCACUGGUCACGAGUUACUCCCGUGAUAAAACUGCGUCAUCAGCGUGAUGCGAUCGUCGCCGUGAGCGUUCAUGCGCGAUGUUUGGUUCGAAGAAUAUUCAACACUUGGUGUCACCGAUUAAAACAUAGAAAUACCAUUAAGGAGCAACGAAACGAAAGCUUGAGGUUUUACUUCAAUUCAUGGAAAUCUUAUAUAAUCUCCGCUCAUGCAAGAAUGGAAAUAGCCGAGUACAAACAUAGAAAUAAUGUAUUAGAUAGUCACAUGACCAUCUGGAAAGAAUAUGUUCUAAAUCUUCAUGAAAGAAGAUCUCAAGCAUCUGUUAACAUUCAACGUUGUUACCUUCGUUCAUUCUUCAUAACAUGGAGAUCUUAUAUUAUGGGGAGAAAACAUAAUGUAAGGCUGGCUCAACAAGUCGCUGAGAUUUCUAGGGAGACUUUGCUGUCAUCUGUUCUAAUGCAAUGGGAGGCAAAUUAUUUUCGGCGAAUUUCCGACAAAUCUCGGAAAGCGAAAUGGAGUGACUGGUGUGUGCGCGAUGCUGCCACCCAGUGGCUGAAAUAUGUAAGAGAACGGAAGAAGCGACGGUGUUUACAAAUGGCGAGAAUAAGGAUGGAAAUUAUUUCAUUAAAAACCAACUUCAGGCACUGGCAUGAGGUUUACACCACAGAGAGAUCCAACCAACAACGUGCGUUGAAUAUUCGAAAUCAACUCAACAGCAACAUGUUGAUACGAAUAAUCAACGAAUGGAGGAAAUUGAUUGUUGAAAAUUAUCGACUUCAACCUUAUAUUGAAAGGAAGCAAAGGAAACUAUGCGCGAGAGUUUUCGAUGCUUGGUUCGGCUUCAGUGAGCAGCGUCGUCGCUGGCAACGAUCUAUAGAGAUCAUAAACAACGCUCGAUUGCGGAGUUUGAUGACAACAUGGACGCGAGGGAUGCGGAUCAAGAAGAUGAUGGGAGUUGUGAGGAGGAGGAAGGAAGAUCAAGUGAUGAGAGGAGCAAUCCUCUCUUGGAGGGUGGUUGUGGUUAGAAGGUCGGCAAUGGUUUCUUUCAUUAAGAGGAAAGAUGCGAGAUCCAGGAGAACAAGCUUCCAUUCGUGGAAAGUGAGAGCAAAAAGGAGAAGAGAAGAGUGGGAGGAAAAUGAGGAGAAGGAAAAGAGAAGAUUGAGAGUGAUGAGAAUCUGCUUUGAAAGUUGGAUAGAAGAAGUGAAAUGUGAAAAGAUUUCCCAACAAGAUGCUUUGAGUUGGUUCCAUAAAGGAAAAGAAAUCGACACUAAGUUAUCUACGUUUAAACUAUGGAAGAAUAAUCUCACCAAAGUUUGUCAUGCUGAUAAGUUUAGAAGACACAAGUUGGAAGGAAAAGUUAAGACCAUCAUACAGAGAUGGAAUCUUUUCACGAAACAAUCCUUGAACGAAAGUUCCAGCCAAUUCUCACUUUCACUAAGAAGGAAACUUCACACUGGUUCAAGCUGUUCCUCUGUAACUGGCUCAGUAGCCAGCAUGGGUCUAAGUGAGAAUAAGUUCCACACUGAACUAAAGGCGCAAAGUUCUUUUAACUCUGCCAAUGCAAAUGUUAAUUCUAAACUAACCAGUGAUUCCGGGGUGGAUAUUUCUAGAGGUUCACAUUCAGAGGUUUCAAGCUAUUCUGACAUGAAGCAGUUUCAUUUGGGCAACACUGCAGUGGUGCCGAAAUUUGAACCACUCGCACUGGAUGCAUGUUUAGAUGAUACUGUUGAAAAUGUGUUGUGCAACACUGCAGUGAUACAAAAUCCAAAUCAAAGUUCCCCAGUGAUGCAUUACGAUGAUACAAAAGAAAAUACAUCUGGAAACACUGAUAAUUCACUUUUAUAUUCUGACCACAGGAUGUCCUUGUUUGAUUUGAUUGACAGCGAUGAUGUAAGAGACCCCAUUGAUGAUGUCACAAUGUGUCUUUAUUCAAUAGAAAAAGCAAACUUUCCAUUUGAAGUUUUAACAUUGGAAUCCACCCAAUCAAGGUUGGAAGGUCUCGUUAGCUUUGCGCUUCACCGAUUAUCAACCCCAGAAUUGAGCAAAUCUUUCUACCAAUGGAAACUUUGCGUUCACGAUUCGAAUCGAACAAAAUCAUUGAACCGUUUCGCUGAAGAACGAAUCUUGGAACGAAAACUUCAAUUUUAUUUCAGGUCAUGGAAAAGGAACUUUAAUAAAUCUAUAAAAAGUCGGCAACACUGCAAGCGGUUAUUGUUGCAACCAACUUUUAUUGCUUGGAAGGAAAGAACAAAAAGUAGAAACAAAAUUAAAAGUAUAAAAAGGAUUGCCAAUGUAUUGAAUGAUCAUAGGAUAGUGCGCAAUCAUUUCAAACUAUGGUGGAAAGGUACAAGUGAAAAGGUUGCAUUAAAUGAAAUCUUAAAAUACUGGCAGUCCCGUGUUCGGUCACACGAUGUCAUCAUAGAGCAAGAGUGCUUGGCUAAUUCGCAACGAGAACAAACGUUGUUACGACGAUGCGUUGAUGUUUGGAAACUAAGACAACUACAACUUAAGUCAUGUGACCACCAUUUCAACCAAUCACAGCUUAGAAGGUGCAUAAGAAGUUGGGUGUUAUAUACUCAGCAAUGCAAGGAUAAAAAAAACAAGAUGGCCGUCAUACAACAUAGGAUUGUCAUGACCAGCUGUUAUAAAGUUUGGGUCAACCGAAUGAAACUCAUGGAAAAAGUUAAAACUUUAAGAUCUCUAUGUAUGCGGUCACGCAUGACUGAGUUAUGCAAAAGAUGGAAAGUUAAUGCUAAAGAAAUUCACGAUCUACGUAUAAAAUCUGAGUCCGUCGUAUCUCGGAGCAAUGCAACAGUGUUGACCGCUGUGUUUUCAAUCUGGAAACACAAAUAUUUACUACGAGUAAGCGCAGAUUCAAGUCACGCACGAUCGACCAUGCGGAGAGCAUUAAAACAAUGGAGAAAUCGAAUUGUGGAAGAUUUAACGAGGAAGCAAAAGUUGGUGGGGUGGAAUGUGAGACAGGAGGAAAGAAAGCUUUCAAGUUGCUACCAUAUAUGGUAUAAGGAACACAAGCGAUUGGUCGCGCUCAAACGAUUCGAGUUGCACCGGGCUCAAAUAUGGUGGUCGGCAUGGCAACGUAAGCUGCAUCAAUCAAGGAUAGAGAACACGCACAAUCGAACAUUGUUACAUCAUUACUUUGUAUUAUGGAGGAACAAUCACCAUUGUUGUGUGGACAAGAAGACAAAAGCACGAGCUGUUAUUAACAAAUGGCACAGCUUAACUACAAGGAACUUACACCUAAUGGCAUCUGCCCAACAGUUCUUAUCCAAACGCCAUUUAAUGAAACUCCAUGCAUGGUUUAUUCAAUGGAGAGAGAUGCAUGGUAAAGCUGUGGUGGCAGACUUGCAUGUCAGGAGGGUGCAAUGCAACAGAUAUUUUACUACGUGGGUAAAAUACGCCACCUCACGCAAAUCCCAAGCCACCAAUGUUAAACUUAUCGUUCAUCGUAAAUCAUACCAACAGUUACGAUCUGCAUGGAAAAGAUGGAAGGAGGAGUUACAGAGGAAGAAGAAUGAUUAUCGGAUGUUGAAGAUGAUCCUGGAUGCGAGGAUUGGAAGAUAUUUCAUCAUCUGGAGAAAGAAUCUUGAUCUUCAUUUCGCAACGAAGGACUAUCAAAGAAGGGUUACCAUUUCGACAUGGAAACUAUGGAUGGAAGCAACAAACAACAAACAAGUGGCAAUUCAACAUUAUGAAGAAAAGAUGGAAUUAUUGCUUAAGAAGGUCUUGAAUGAAUGGCACAUUAUGACAUCACACAACCAAUUAUUGCGAAACAAUCAACAAUGUUUGUCCUCGAACAUCAACAAUAACUUGGUUUCUGGUUGUUUCCGUAUUUGGAAGCGUGAACAUGAUAACUUAAUGAUUGCAAAAUCAUAUGAUUCAAAUCAUGAGCUAAAGAGAAGAUUCAUGAGAUGGAGGAAAUGGGUUGAGGGGAGAAAUAAAACGAAACUAAAUAUUCGAAAAUCAGUGGAGUUUUCUAACAAGCGAAUAUUGAAGAAGCACUUCAAUCUCUGGCACCAUCGUGUGGUGAAUGUGCAAAACAUGGAGUUUAUAUCUGACGAGUUGGUUUCGUCCAAACAACAUCAAGUGAUGGUUGAAACAUGGGGGGCGUGGAAGGCUGCGUAUUAUCAGAAAAUAUCUGUAAAACAUUGGAAACUUAAAACGCAACGAACAUGUUUUGCUGGUUGGACAGAAUACACGAGUUUUAACAAACGAGAGAAAAAUUUGAUUAAAAUUCAUGAAAAUUUAACAAAAAGAAGAUUUUUUACGACCUGGAAACGAGAACUAGCUGUGAAGAAUUUCCGUAGGAAACAUGAUCAGAAACUUUUACACACCACCUGGGAGUCAUGGACGGACAAAACAUCUGCACUUGCUGUCGCUGAAACUUAUCACCAUUUAAACACGCAGCGUAAAGUGUGGGCUGUUUGGAGGCUACAUUACAUCACAAAUAGAACAGAGAAGAGAUUCGUCGACGAGCAAAACUUCAGAUUGAAAAUGUCGGCGUUACAAGCAUGGAUAAGGUAUUGUCAAAAGCGAUGAUGUAACAAUGAUAUGUUCCUUAAGCAAGUGAAGCCAUAUUCUUCAAUAGUUUACCUGUAGUUUUUAAUUUACAAGUUUUUAUUCUAUAUUAAUGUUUUUACACACGCGGUACAUUAGGUUUCUUGCCCAAAAAUUAAACGUAGAUCAUAAAAAAUGCCCAAAUUUGCUGCUGAAUACAAAGCCAAAGUUGCCUAGCUAUUUUAAGCCAUUUAGAAAAGUUAAAUCGUGUUUUUUGUUUCAGUAUUUAAUAUAUUUGCACAUUAAAAAGUGUUUGGUGGAUUUUAUAGAAGAGUGCCAUAAUAAAUUUGUUUUUGUUUUG